AUGGCCACCAAACUAGUCCCUAUCGCCAGUCCGGGGCUGCACUUCAGCGACGACGAUGCACUAAGGGAGAAAGAAGCACGUAUCUCCGGCAUUGAAGUUUCCUCGGAAGAAUCGCACUUCAAUGACAAAAACCUACCGCUGCAAGCUUACAUUCACUAUGCUGAGAUACAACGUGACUUCGAGAGAAGGAAUGACCUGGACGGUCUGUACGCUGCUCAGGCCGAGCAGAUCGAGUCAGACCCGCACAGUAACGUUUUUAGCGUGAAGCUGGACUCCCAAAGAGCGUUACGUAUAGCCAAAGCGUCUUCCGUUUUCUUUUUGAUCACCACUGAUAUUCUGGGCCCAACCAACGCGCCUUAUGCGGUUGCUCAAAUGGGUUGGGCUCCUGGUGUCAUUCUUUAUGUUCUUUUCGGUGUUUUUGCUGCGUUGGGAGGGUACAUACUCAACCGCUGUUUUUGCAAAGUCGAUUCGAACAAUUAUCCUAUCCGGACCUAUUCGGAUUUGGCCGCGCGUACCAUGGCACCUUGGACUAAAUUCCCACUUGCCAUUUUGCAGUUCAUCCAGUUGAUCUUGAACUGCGGUGUGCUUUUGUUAGGUACUGCUCAAGCGGUGUCGCAAAUGCAAAUUGUUAGCAAAGGUCACGAUAAUUUCUGCUUCACAGUUGAUAUCCUGGUGUGGGCUCUUUUGUGUAUGAUCGUUGGUCAGAUCAAAUCUUUUGGCAAGUUUUCUUAUAUCGCCAACUCUGCUGUGUGGAUGAACAUUGCCAUCUGUAUUAUCACCAUGGUCGGUGUUGCCGUGGGUGGGCCUUAUUACGGAAUCUUUCAACAAUACGGUAAGGGAGCUCCUUACUUCGAGCCUGACUCUUUCAAUCCAUUGCCAAUCAAGCAUUACGCUAUCACUCCAGGAACCAUCAGUGACAAAAUCGGAGGUAUGAACAACAUGGUUUUCGCGUGGGGUGGUGCCACGAUUUUCUGUGAAGUCUUAGCAGAAAUGAAGAGACCUAUGGACUUCUGGAAAGGUAUGAUUUCCGCCCAAUCUCUAAUCAUGGUUGUCUAUCUUUUCUACGGACUAUUCGUUUACGGCUACAACGGCCAGUUUAGUUACGUUACUGCCAAUCAAGGUAUUGGUUCUAUUCAUUUGCAGAACGCCGCAAAUGUCCUUAACAUUAUCACUCAAUUGAUCGCUGCCGUGCUUUACGGAAACGCCGGUGUUAAAGUUUUCUACCAAGGUUUCAUGGUGCCAUAUUGCAAAUUCCCAGGAUUGAUGAGCCGUAGAGGAACCAUUGUGUGGGCUCUAUUUGUGGUUGUCUACUGGGCUAUUGCCUACAUCCUUGGUACUGCAAUUCCAUCCGUUAGUGCCUUGGUAGGAAUCAUCGGUGCUUUCUGCAUUUUCAACUUUUCAUACACAUUCCCAUUCCUGUUUGCCUUCUUUAUGCUGUGGCGCCAGGAUGCUGGAUUGGAUGAUCAAUUCGAUGUGUCAACGCUAACGGUCCAAAGAGCUGAUUCUUAUUUGAGCGGCUUGUCGCGUUGGAAACGUGCUAUAGGACAUGGCGGUUACAAACGGUUUGCACUCAAGCUGGCACUUAUGUUAGUGGCUCUUGCUUCGCUUGCAACCUGUGGUCUAUGUUCUUACUCGGCCAUCGAAGGAGCCAUCGCUUCUUACCAAACAAAUUUUGCCCAGCCCUUCACCUGCACUUCUCCUGUAGCCUGA